AGCCCGCUUGUAUAUAAAGGAAAAGAAGGGGGAAAUGGGUCACGUUAACUAUGACGAUGCGAGAUAUUGCUGUGUUCUGUGAAAAGUAGACCGUGGACCGGUGAACAAGGAGAAGACAGUGGACCGUGGAGGAAAUUUUAUCCAGAUCAUUUGCUAUCAUGGACAAAGAGAAGGGAGUUGAUACAGCUACUGUAGAAAAAUGCUUGACUGAUAUGACUCUGCAGGGCAAUUUGCAAAAACCAGAAGCUGAGGGUACCAGUAAAGAAAAGCCAAUAGUCCUUCCCGAUGAUAGCCCAGACAUGGGAGGAAAAGGGGAACAACCCACAUCUUCACCUAGUGAGGGUCCGUAUGGUCUGCCCUCUAGAUUAGACGACGAUGUGGCUUUUCCCACUGAUAUUAAAUUAGAGAGACCGGACGACUGUACCCCUGAGGAGGACAAGGAAUUCAAGAUCUGCGUGGUCUGCGGGGAGCGAGCCAGUGGCUACUACUUUGGGGCUCUUGUCUGCCUGCCCUGCAAGAGUUUUUACAUAAGAUGCACAAAAGAUGGUGAGCCCACUUUCACCUGUCAGUGUAAUGGCAAUUGCGACAUCGCCAAACAGGGCCGAAUUCGCUGCCAAUAUUGCCGUUAUCAGCGCUGUCUUAUGGCGGGCAUGUGCAGAAAAGAAAAACCAGAAACAGUCCAGCCAGCCGAUGGCCAAGUUUUGUGUAAAGUCUGUGGGGACAUAGCCAACGGAAUUCAUUUUGGAGUGAAUACAUGUGAAGGGUGUAAGAAAUUUUUUCGCCGUGGGUUAGUAGAAAACCAAAGUUACCUGUGCAAAAGUGAGAAGAAAUGCACAAUCAACCCACGAAAUCGCAACAAUUGCCGAUACUGUCGUUACCAAAAGUGCAUCAGUGUUGGCAUGUCCAGAGAAGCUAUAAAGAUGGGUCGUCCCAAGAAAGCCGAAACCACAGAAACCAACAAUUCUGCAAAUGCUGCAGAUGCUACAGAAUCUCCCUCCAUUUCUCCCAUUCCAUCCCCCACCCUCAACUUCUCCCCAGGAUCCUCCCCCUCCCGACACCAGGUCACCGACAACAUGUUCGACCUCUCCAAGGUCAAGGCUGAACCUGCCAACUGUGACCUUUCAACCCUGUCUGCUACAUCUCUCAACAGCUCCACUGCAGAGGUCAACUUGCCCAAGGCAACCUACAGCAGCCCAGCUCAGUCUUUCUCCAUCCCAUACACAGAGAGCUGGUCAACUUCAGGUCAACAUGACAUGCACUGGUCUCAGAAUCAGAGGACCUCCAACAUCAACUGGCAUCAGGAGAUUGCCCAGUCUGUUGCUCAACAACAAAUGGUAUCCAGUGUAACAACUUCCCAGACAGCCAUGUCGGUCAGCAACACCAUGCCGGUCCAAAAUUCUGCCAUUCAGAGCAAUAAUGUUGUGUAUGAAGAAGAUGACAUGGAUGACAUUUUAGCAUACCUUUCCCAGGAGCAGAACCCAAUGGGACCCAAGAAAAGUUGCAUGCAGGGCAUUCCAGAACAAGUGCCCAAUCAGAACUUCUCUUCAGACAAUGGAAUGCAACAUCAGGCUUGCAUGAUGAAUAACCAAUCCUCUGUGCCCAACUUUCCCAUCCCUUCACCAAAGCAGUUUAAACAACAGAUAAAUGAUUUCAACAACCAAAUGCUUCAGAAUGAUGGGUAUGGUCAGUUGAAUGUGGAAACUUCACCCGCCCAUUCCAGCUGUUCUAACAAUGUCAGCUACCCAAGUCCAGUCUACCAGUACGGCAAUGGAUCCCCACACCACUACAGUGGUCAGACAUCCCCUGAGCAUUCCUAUGGCCCCCACUCCCCUCCUUGCAUGCCCCCAUCUCCUCAGUAUCAGCAGCAGUCAUCCCCAUACUCCCCAUGCCAAUACCAGAACUCUCCAUCGGAAGCCAACCACUACCAUGCUAACUCGCCCCCAGUGGCCAGCCCUGGCUACCCCACAUCUCCCUCCAACAACAGAUACAGCCCCAUGAUGCCCUACCCCCAAAACACAUACGCUCAGGGACCCCCAGCAGGAGGCAUGAUGGCGGAUAAUAACCACAGCCAAGAACUUCCCUAUGCUGACAUGAAAGCUCAGAUGAAAAUCAAUCAAAUGUUCAUGAAUUGUGAUGAUAAUGUACAGAACUACUCAGAAGAUGCCAAUGCCAGUGGAUUUUUUUCUAGAACGGACUUUGACAGACACGUCAUUUUGAAGACAUUGCAGAACUACAGAAGAGGUGCACCCGAGUAUUGCUCAAGCCCAGAAUCCUCUCCUCGAGGUUACCAUGACAACAGCGAUGACUCAAACGAAGCUUUCUACCCAAACAGCUGCGGCCAGAAGCGUAAAGCCUGCAAUGCCAUGGGGCUACAAUAUGGAAACAUGGCAAAUGCUGGGUUUUAUGCUGAAAACGGGAAAGACUUUCAGUGUGAGAACUACAGCAUGAUGAAAUCUCAGGCCUAUUGGAAUGAGCCACUGAGACUGUUAGCUCAGGGUCCACCAUCAGAAGACAUGAUCGCCUUCACCAACCACCUGGUAGCAGGGUACUCCAAAUUUGUGGCUUCCUGUGAUGAGAGCAAAAAGCAUUCAUACGAUGACUUACUGAAGAGUCAGUGGCCUGCUUUUGGAAAAGAGGAAAGUCACUGGAACCAUGUGCAGAGAAGAGUGAUCAGAAAUAUCGUCUCAUUCAUGAACUUCAUUAGAACUGUUCCAGGAUUUGAAAACAUCAACUCUGAAGAUGCCACUGAGCUAUGUUUGAUGAACUGCUUCCAUAUUGGAAUCAUUGUGGCUGCCAACAAUUAUUAUGACAAAGAGUCCAAACGAUUCCAGUAUUUCUGGAACUGGACACUUUCUCCCAACAACCCAAUGUACUUCUUCAAGUUACGUCUGCUCCAAUGUGGAGAACAGCUCAGCCAGCUGAACAUGACUCCAAUGGAGGAAACAUUCCUCUCCAUCAUCUUGUUCUUGAGCACAGAUCUGUUAAACUUAAGAGAUCCUGCCACUCUGGAGACACUGAGGCAGAAGAUGAUUCACAUUUUCCAGGCCCAGUUGAUUGCACAAGGAGUGGACCCCAUUAAGCGCAUCCAGGAACUGUUCAGUGUAAUGCCAGAAUGCCGCCAUUGUAGUAUGUGGCACAAACAGCUGAUGAGGAAGAUGAAGAUCAACAUGGAGAUCCAGGAAGUCCACCAGCUCUUCGACAAACUGGACCUCGAAAUUCAGUAGAACGUGUCGUCACGGUUCAGAACCUCGAAAUUUAGUAGAGCGUGCCUGCAUGGUUCUGAACAUUACUGACUCAAAUUUGUUUUUAUACAUGUAUGACGAGAAUCUGUUCUUUAUAUACAUGUACCACUUGAAAUCCUGGUGAUUGCGUUGAGUAACACUUACAUAUUGCUUUAUUCACAGCUUAACAUAUGAACUCGACAAUUGUCCAGACUUUGGACAAGAUUAGUUUUAGAUGUAAUAUAUGAACAAGCUGUCAAUGGAGUGAAAUGUAGUGUGGUCAGGGGGAGGGGAUAUCGUUACAUUUUUUCAUUUAAAUCACUUCAUUUUUGACAAGGUUCCUAUUUUGGAACUGAUAAUCCAUUAUAUAUCAACUUUUAUGCUUUUAAUUGUUAAUUUAAGUUAGCUUUUUUUUUUAGUGUAUGAAUUUUUGCGAUGAAAACAGCUGAAACUCUCAAUCCCAUGUUUCAAUUCUGAAAGGGAUUGAUGUGUUUUAGAGAUUUUUUUUCUGAAAGGUUUUGCAUAAUAUGAUGUUUUCAUUGUUUGCCAAAAUGAAGAUAUAAUUGAUGUGAACUUUUUUAAAAUUACUAACAGUCACUGUGCAAUUAGACUUUUCACCACCCAGAUGGGAGGUGAAAGAAAUACACAUUUUACUAACUUUACAAUUUUUUUUAAAGGUCAAAUGGAAACAUUUUCUUUUUGAAAAUGUAAAGAAGUUUAUAAAAAUAUUUUUUUAAAUACAUAUUUUAGAUUCCAUAUUGUCUACAAGUGCAAACUUGUAAAUGAAACUGAUUUUUUUUUUUUCCUUUUUAUUUUUGUUGUUAUUUACGUAUUUUUAUUAUAAAUAUAUUUAUGUAUGCUGAAUUACUAUUAUAAAAAAAAAGUUGAAUUACUUUACCAGAUUGGUGUCUUGGACCAACAUAGCUGAAUUGUGAAGUAUACUUAUUGCUCUUUGAUUGUCACAAAUUUCAAUUACAGUCUGUAUUUGGUCCAGUACAUCAAUUUACUAUUAUGUUGUUUUGUGCAUGAAAUGAAUGAGGGUAUGGGUUGGUCACUAUAAAUGCCAUAUAUUUGACCAACAAAAAAACAAUACAAAAUGUCAAAUUUUUGAGAUAUGCUCUGUCCCUUUUUCGGGGCAAAGAAAAAUUAAGAAAAAACAAAGGGAAAGAAGAGAAACAACAUAACUUUUUUGCUCUACGGAUAAUUAUAAAACCUUACAUACUUACAAUUUUACUUGUUUACUUUAAAUGUUAAAAUUAUUAUUAGACCAGUAUACAUUUCAUAUGAAAAUUUUUUGGAUCUCUUUGAAAUAUGUAUGUCUGGUGUACUAAAAAAUGCACCUCUUCUCAAAUAUUUUGCAAUAU